AUGCUUCUCGGACAACGUUACAAUGCUGCUGUGGACUGGUGGGCAUUUGGGGUAAUCCUGUAUACCAUGGCCACCGGAGAAUUCCCAUUUUAUUGUGGGAAUACUAGUGAAACCUUGGUGGCUUCAGUGCUUCAGGAUACUCUGAGCUACCCAGAGUGUCUAAGCACUGUAACACAGGAUAUCCUAAAAAAGGUAUGUAUGAUCAUAUUUUGUAAUAUGCAAAAAUAUUUUUCAUUUAUUUCCAAUUCUUAGAGAUUGCUUCCACAAUUCUCAUUGAAAAAGAAGCUCUUGAGUAUCAUUACUAUAAACACAGAUAUAUGGAAUUUGUAUCGCCCAACAUAUGGACAUGCAGUUCUAGCCGCAGGGUAGGCAUUUUUUUCCCCUCCUUGUAGCCCUGCCAUUAACAAGCGGAAGAGCUGCUGAAGGAGGCCCAGCCAGGGCAGGGAGGAUGUGAUCUUCACCUCUGCUGGGUGAAGGCACUUCACUUCUUGCAAACCCCGGCUCCAUCUAGAAUGGGAGAGUGGCCGUGGUAACAAUAACAACGCUGUGAAAGUCAGGGCUUGCAAGAAUCAGAAGAUCAGCCACCAGAGGGGAAGGCUGAGAGCAUCCUUGUCCCUCCUGGCCAAACUCUGCAAAGACCCAGGGAGGGACAUCCUUUUGUAAAUGUAGGGCCUGGCUUGCCAGGCCACUUACAGGUGUACAAUCUGUACACCCAUAAUGUCGGUCUUGGCCCCCAACCUGUAAAAAGGAAGAGAGGGAGGCAAACAGAACAUAUGCACACAUUACAGACUGCCAGCAAACACCACACACAGCCAGCAAACAUAACAAAUGCACAUUAUACAGAGAUGGACAGAGGGAGAGACUAUGGAGUGAGGCAGUGGCUGGGACACUUUGGGUUACUGACUAAACUCUAAUUUUUCACAAAUUAAAGGGACACUAUAGUCACUAGCUUAAUGUAGUUGUUCUGGUGUCUACAGCCUGUCCCUGCAGGCUUUUUAAUGUAAACACACUGCCUUUUCAUAGAAAAGCUAGUGUUUACAUUACUGCCUAGUAGCAUCUCUAGUGGCACUCACUCAGACGCUGAGCGCUCCCCAUAGAGAUACACUGAUACAAUCAGUAUUGUACACACAAUCCAUGGGCCCUGGUGCGAAACUGAUCCGUGGGAUCCCUCCCCUCCCUCCCCUCCACAGACACACACACACACAAACAUACAAACAGACAGGCACACAUACAUACAUACAGACACACACAUACGGACUGACACACACAAACAUACAAACAGACAGGCACACAAAUAUGCAUACAUACAGACACACACACACAGACAGGCACACCCACAUACAAAGACACAUACAUACAAACAGACAGGCACACAUAGAGAAACACACACACACACACAUACAGACAGACACACACACACGACACACAUACAUACAAAGACACAUACAUACAUACAUACAUACAUACGACAGGCACACACAUACAAAGACACAUACAUACAUACAGACAGGCACACAUACAAAGACACAUACAUACAUACAAACAGACAUGCACACAUACAGACAGACACACACAUACAAACAAACACACACAAUGUCUAAGUCACCCUCCUGUUUCUUACUUUUUAGGUGCAGGAAGGUGACUUUCCCUGCGGUCCAGUGGUGGCUCGGGUUGAUGGGAGUCAGAGUUCCCACUCUGACUCCCUCUGCUUCCUCCCCCGCGGGCUCUGUGGUAGCUGGGAGGAGUGACGUGCAGUCACUUCCUCCCAGCAGUGAUAAUCUCAGCCCGGUCGUGCUGUUAAAGAGCCGCAGCGCUGACCGGGCCCCCUGACAAUCCAUCUCCUUUGGGUGGCCCUAACAGCAUGGGUCACCCAAUGGACCCCUUCAUGUGCAGCCCCGGCGGUCGCAAAAGAUGCCUGGAGUGACGGGCCCGGUCGCAGCUGCAACCCCUGCGACCGCGGUAUGUACACCACUGGAUUCAAUGCACCUCUAUGAGAAGAUGCUGGCAGGCGCAGCACAUUAUUUUGCCGCCCAUGCGCAAUAUUUUCUAUAGGAAAGCAUUGGAUUGGCUGAUAACGUCAAAUGUGAUGAGCUCAGCUAUAUAGGCAGAGCAAGUCACUGGAAAAAAAAAAGGUACAUUUAAUACCUGUAUAUAAUACCAAACGGCAAAGGGGUCGGAAACCUAAAGGGAGUUUUAUACCGAGCAUCAUGUAACGCUUACCAUUUACAUUUAACACUAUAAACAGUGUAGUUUUGAUAUAGCAGCUACCAGGUCACUCUGAAUGGUUUCUGUCAAAGUAAUGCAAUAACACCUCCCAAUAGGAGACUGCAAUUGCUAACCUCUCUUUUCAAUGUUACACCAAGCUGAAUCUGGUGGUAACUGGACUGAGUUAGUGAAUGUUUUGGCCAGGUGACACCUUUUUGUCAUAUUCAAUGGAAACCAGGUGUUUUUCUCCUACUAAUCUCUAUAGAAAGCGUUACUAGUAACAGGAGCCGUAAAUGACCUAUAAUAAACGGUGAAUUUUUGCAGCGUGGAAACAGUCACAAGUCAUAAACUUUACUUACUGCCAUGUAAAUGGUUUGUCUGUAGCUACAUGCAACAAUCAUUAGGGUUUAUUUACUGAGAAUGAUUUGACAACAUGCAAAAUGUCUGUCAGUGUGAAGUUGGACACUUUUUACUUGGCAGGAUUUGAGACUUUGCUUUCUGUUAGAGUUCUUUGUACUAUCGGUUAUAUCAAUUGCUGUUUGCUUUUUGUUUUGUUAACAAAGGUAAUUAAAAGUUUAUUUCACACACACUCCUGUUCCUCUUUACAGCUCCUGCUGAAAGAACCUGCCAUGCGGUUGGGGAGAAAAGGCCUAAUCCGUUCUCACAGCUUCUUCCAGUCUAUUGACUGGGAGGAGUUGGAGGCCGGACGGGUAGAGCCUCCCUUCACGCUAAGUACAGUAAGUACAUCAACAGAAAAGUUAAAUAUAAAGCAGGUUAUAAAUCUGCCUAUAAAAUCUUUAAAGAGAGAAAAUGGCCAAGUGAGGUGGGUGAUACCAUUUGAUGGAUGUUGUUGUCAUGUGACCGGUGGGUUAUCUGCAGAUUCUAUAUUUCCUGCUACCUAAAGAUGUUGCUACAUAGUAAAAUGAGCUUUGCAUAAGCAUUGGAUAUUUUUUUUACCAAUACUGUACAAUCUUUGAUUAUAUCUUAAACUGGGCAUUGUGAGGAAUUUUUAGAGGAUUUUUUUUUUUUUAGUUUGUCCAAAAAGCCAGACUUGGGGCGGGGCCGGGCCGCCGAGCUGAGCGGCAGCCAUCCGAGCUAGCUCCGGCAAUGGGCCGCAUCAAUAUAAGGAAAUAA